AUGGGCGUGGCCACCCGAGCGAGGGGGCGUGGCUACGUCCAGCGAGGGGCGUGCCUUAUGCCGAGUGGGCGUGGCCUGAGGCGGAAGAAACACAGACUGACGAGAACUCAAAGUGCCUUUUCCCCGGUUGUGUUCAGCCCCCUCUUCACAGGUGAAACGGUGUCACUGGUGGACGUGGACAUCUCUCAGCGAGGACUGACCUCCCCUCACCCUCCGACUCCGCCGCCGCCACCACGAAGAAGCCUCAGCCUGCUAGACGCCUUCCCACGGAUCGUCCCGCUGAGACCCACGGAGGCGAUGCCGGGCCAGCCCGCCCCACACCUGCAGUGUCCCCUCUACCGCCCCGACUCCAGCAGCUUCGCGGCCAGUUUGCGGGAGCUGGAGAAGUGCGGGUGGUACUGGGGACCCAUGAACUGGGAGGACGCGGAGAUGAAGCUGAAGGGGAAGCCAGAUGGGUCCUUUCUGGUCCGAGACAGCUCUGACCCUCGGUACAUCCUGAGCCUCAGCUUUCGGUCUCAGGGCAUCACCCACCACACCAGGAUGGAGCACUACAGAGGGACCUUCAGCCUGUGGUGCCAUCCCAAGUUUGAGGACCGCUGCCAGUCUGUGGUGGAGUUCAUCAAGAGAGCCAUCAUGCACUCCAAAAACGGGAAGUUCCUUUACUUCCUCCGAUCCAGGGUUCCAGGUCUCCCUCCGACGCCUGUCCAGCUCCUGUAUCCAGUCUCCAGGUUCAGCAAUGUCAAAUCCCUCCAGCACCUUUGCCGCUUUCGGAUCAGGCAGUUGGUCCGAAUCGACCACAUCCCCGAGCUCCCGCUGCCCAAGCCCCUGAUCUCCUACAUCCGCAAGUUCUACUACUACGACCCGCAGGAGGAGGUGUAUCUGUCGCUGAAGGAAGCUCAGCUCAUCUCCAAACAGAAGCAGGAGACCGAACCCUCCACGUAGCGAGGCUGCUGCGCCCGCCUUGUUGCUGUCGCUGAUGGAAUUGGGUUGUCGCCAUCCUGUAGCCGGAGUCGGGCUGUGGUGGGAAGGAGGCGGCCGAGGGCGAAGCUGGUUCCUCUGCGCUGCCGCUUCUGCUCUCUCAAGCUCUUUUUUGUACAGAGAAAAAGAGGGUUCAAGACUCCGGAGAAGCACAGCGGGACGGGAACCAGAGCCUGGGCUCCUGCCCCAGGGAGAGGGCUCUGGGAGGCAGCUGAGCCCGGCUCGGACUCCGUGCGGAACAAAGAAUGUCAUGGCACUAUUUACAAUUUUUUGAAAGUUUUAUUUUUUUUGAUGUCGUGUUUUUUUUUUUUAAUUUUUAAUAUUUUUUUUUGGUUCGUUUUGGUUUGUUUUCGGCAUGAGAAAUCCUGUCUUAUCAUCAGCUGAAUUUUAUUAUGCCCUCCCUUGGAAAAGCUCCAGGUAGGGAGAGAGAAAGAGAGAGAGAAGGGGACUCUCUUGGAAGAUCAUCUGCUCCAGGUGUUAUGGCCAGACUCUUCUUUGGCCCUCACCAGGAGGGGAUGGAGCUGGGGAGCUGCUCGGGGGCAGCCCGAGCCCGAAUCCCAUGUGGCUCCUUGGAAUAAUCCCUGGGAACACGGAGCCCUGAAGGCAGCUGCCCUGUUCUCUAGGAUCUGGGAGAAGAGGAGCUGAACCUCGUCUUGGGCAGCUGAGCUUCUGCAACUGGAUUUGCAGGGUGGUCCUGUGUGAUGUUUAAGUUGGGUCCAAGGAAGGAAUUGGGAUGUCCUGGAGCUUUCUGCCAAAGGGAAUGGUUCCUGCUGGACGGGGGAGCCAGGGCUGCUCCUCUGAGGAGGUGUUUUUCCCUUAUCAAACACUGGAAGAUGUCGCUGAGCCCCUGUGAUGAGUGGAAGGAGGGUGGCCAAGCCGUUGCUGUGACUGUCACAGCCAUCCAUGGACCAAAGGUACUUGCUGCCCUCAUCUCAGUCCCGUGGGACGUGCACUUUUAGCCCUUCUCUGGCUGCGUCCAGAAGCUGUGAAUGAAGUGGUUUCCUCUAGAGCUGUGAAGGAUCCUCACCGGGAGUCGUUGGGGCAUUAAAAGGCAUCUUUGGGGUGUCUUGGAGCAAGAAAUGGAUAACUGAGGGUUCUUCUGGAACAGCAUCUCAUCUCUUGGAGCUUCCUUGCUGCUUCCUCCCCUUCCUGGCACGUCCAUGGAACCACCAGCAGUUUGGAAAUGGUAAAGCCAAGAGAGGUGGUGGCUCUCACUGUGUUUCUGGGCUUGGCACUGGCUGAAAUACCCCAAACCCACCCCUUCAAAUCCUGGUCUGCUCUUUCCUCUGCUGCAGCAAAGAGUUUGCAUUUCAUGGAGAAGUUGAAAAUUUGCCCAAAGUGAUGCUGAGACGUCCGGAGAAGCAUCUUUCCUCCUGGAUUUAACCAAGUGAAUGUUCCUGUGCUCUCAGCCCGGGUGGAGGAAACGCUCCGUCCUGCAAAUGUGGUAUGAAAAACACAAUGCUGUGUGUGAUCCGAGUCCCCAGAUGGGAGAUCUGUCCCCUGAGACCUGCCUGCCCUGGCUCAGGAGCUGCUGGGACUCUGAUCCUGCCCUGCAGAAUGAUCUGUGCCCCUCAAUUGGUCACACUCCUGCAGGAUCUUGAAGCAGCCUGGAAAAAAACCUCUGAUUUUCUGCCUCUGCCAAGCGAUGCUCCGAAGGGUGCUAAUGAAUCCUACCCUAACCCUGUUCCCCAUCACUGGGGGCCUCAGCUUUGGUCCUGGAGAAGAAGGAGGGUUUGUUUUUUAUUUUUUAAAAAAAAAAAGGAUUUGGCUUCCAAGUGAAACUUAAUAACUAAGCUUCAAAAGUCUGUAGAAAUACCUCAUGGGACACUAAUUGCUACUGACUUUGCGUUGUCUGGAUGGAGGAGCUGCCCCAUCAGCAUCUCCUCACCCCUGGGGACACUGGAGCUCCUCGAGUGCAGGGGACAGGCUGCCCUGGCCCUGUCCCCUCCGUGUGGGGACCGGCGUUUGUCCCUCCACGUCCCCUCCCCUCGGCCAUGGACCUCGGGCACCAGGUUAUCAGCGGAGCCUGCAAAUAAAUUAAACUGCUUCCAUGAGAAACGCACAGCCCGGGGAGCAAAUGUUGGGGAGAGGGGGACAAAAGCCAUCUGUACUGGUACAGGUGACACUGGAACAUCCCCUCACAUCCUGGCUCUCCGCCUGCUGAGGAUUUAUAUCUUCCAACUUAUCCACACACUGGAAAGGGGAAUCUUCCCUGGAGCCAAGCCUGGUCUGAUGCCCCGAGUGUCCAACCAGGAACGGUGUCUCUUCUCAAGCUUCUCUCCAGAAGAAGACCCCGGAGGCGAGGAUUUGGUGGUGUGGGGAUGAGUGAUGACCUGUGGGAUGUGUGGAAUGGGGGAGCUGUGAGUUUCCCCUUGCCAGAGCCAGGGAGAAGCCGGUCCUCUCCCCAGCAUCGUGGCAAUAGCAGCAUCUUCACUCCUUCCUUCCCAGUUUGGGAUGGAGAGAGGUGGGUUAGACUGGGAAGGGGGAGCCCACCAGGGGAAGGGGGUGCUGGGGAUGGGUGCAGAGCCCAUCCUGCCCCCGUGCUGGGCUUCCCUGGGGUGAAAACGCACAACCCUGCUCUGUGGUGGGUUGGGAGGGUCUGUCCUGCUCCUUUCCAUCCCCUGUGUCCCCCCCCAGCUCCCCAGGAGGAGGAGGAGGAUGGGGGGAGGCUCUGUGGCAUUCAGAGCUGUUGAAGCAGCAGCCAGACUUUAGGGACAAUACUUGAAUUAGAUGACUUUGGUUGGCUGUCCCUGCCCUCGGGAGGGUUUCUCCCACCAACCUGCUGGUGCUUCUGCUGUUACUUGAACCCUGUGCGUGGUGGGGGCAGCCCCCCCCUCCCCAAAUGAAGCCUUCAGCCAGGUUUGGGGUCUGUCUGCAGCAGCUGAAAUGAGGGAGCAGAUGUUCUCUGAGGUGUUGGGGAGGGGAUGGUGUGACACCAGCCUGUCCUGCUGGUGUGUUUUGGUGUCACCUGUAGCUGCAGGAGACCCUGCUGUCGAUCUGUCCCAGGGGAGUGGUGGGGACAGCUCUGCCAUGGAGGUGGCAGAUGUUCCUCAGCCUUCCCGAGCUCCAGCUCCACCUCUCCAGGAGCAGGGGAGCAGCCUGGGGCCAGUAGGGCUGGAUGAGAUCCCAAGGUUAACUGUAGUUACAGCCUUCCCUUGAAAUCCCAUAAAAAUAAAGCUAUUCCUAGAGUUCCUUUACAUCUCGGUGGAAGGGAAGGACUUGAUCUGCUCUUUGGGCACGGAAAAGGUCCAGAGAUUUUAUUUCCAGGCUGGAGGAGGGGGGGGAUGGUCUUGGUGGACACGGGUGAGGUCUCAAAGAGGUGGCUCCGUCCUGUUCUGCCAUUGAAUCCCUGUUUGGGGAGGGGACACCUCAUGGUUGUGUCCUGCCUGGAAUGGUACUUCAGGUUGGUUCUGGAGGUUGCUCUCAUCCUGCUGAUUUAGGAAAAAAAAUAAUAAUUUUAUAGCCUCCUUUAUCCAACCUUGAAUUCUGCAGAGUGUCCUCCUCCCUCCAUCGGCCACCGGAGGCGGAGGAACAGUGAAACGGAGCAUAAAAACUGCCAAAGCGAGAAAGGACACGUGGAAAAGCUCUUUUUUUUCUUCUUUUUUUUGGCUGGAGAUGGUGUUUUUUCAGCAGGAUGGGUGCAGCCCUCAGCCCAGCGUGGGGGGUUGGUAGGACCUGCUCCUCUUCCCCCUUUUGAGGGGGGGAAAGGACCUGGUUCCCUCCUGCAGCGGGAAAUUCAGAUAAACCAGGACCAUUUUCUCACGUGGAAGUUUUUGGCUGGGCAUCGACCUUCUUGGGGCUAAAAAGGGGGGAAAAAGUCAUCCUUAGCUUGGUUUGGGUGGGAAGGACCUCAGGCCCUCGUGCCAGAGGAUC